AUGAUGAUGUGAAAAAAUACUGUUAUGCAUUUGCUCUUUUGUGUUUUGUUGUGCUGCCAUCGCGUGUAGAAGCAGUGCCAAGCGCAAGCACACAUACGUGGCAUGACAGAUAUUAUUUAUCUUACCAAAAUAUUAUAUGAAUGUGUGAAGCAAAAAUAAAAUGCGUUUGGUUGUCCCACAUUUUUUAAAUAUUCUGUAAUAAUCGUAAUAGAUCGAUUAACUUUUAUUUUGUGCUAAGAUACUUCACAUGCAAACUGUAGCAGUGAUUGAUCUUUACUAGUCUAACUUGAAAUCAUAAGUAAACCUGUCAACCUUAUAGGUUUGCUGUCAUUCUGGUUUAGUCUUAAUCACUCGGUAAAUAUUUGCUGUUGUUUGCUAUUGUCCUUUUCCUGGAACAUCCCUAUCACAUCGCGUCACUCUCAGUCGUCUUUCUCACAGGAAUGUCUUUACAGCAUUAUGAAGAAACUGUUGCUGUUUUUCAUCUUUAUCUUAAGUUUAAACGCUGUGUUUGCUGAGAAAGUUUCAGUGCUGGAGGGAAAUGUAGUCUCAUUUAAAACUGGAGUUACUGACAUGCGUAAAGUUUAUCUGAUCUGGUUAUACAGAGAUGCUAUUAUAGCUAAAAUGAAUGAAGGAAAUAUUAAUUUGUAUGAUACUGAUGAUGGGAUAUUUGAAGACAGACUUCAGUUGGACAAUCAGACUGGAUCUCUCACUAUCAGCGAUAUCAGAACCAAACACGCUGGACUUUAUCAACUAAAAAUAAUCACAAAUGAAACCUUCAUCAAAACAUUCAGUCUUACUGUACAGGAUGUGUUUUUUGCUGGAGUAGAAAACAAAAGAGAAGGAGAUUCGGUCACAUUGAACACUGGAGUGACUGAAAUAAAGAAACACAAUCUAAUGAUGUGGAUGUUUGGACCUUCAAAUCCAGACAUCCGUCUUGCUGAAAUCAUCAUAAAUGAUAGCAUCUCAUAUGAUUUUGAUGAGAGAUACAAAGACAGACUUCAUGUGGAUCAUCAGACCGGAUCUCUCACCAUCAGAAAUCUCAAAACUAGAAACACAGGAGUUUAUCAACUACAGAUCUCCAACAUCAAAGAGACCAUAUACAAGAGAUACAAUGUGUUCGUGGAACCAGGACUGUCUGCAUUAUAUAUAGGACUGAUAUGUGCUGCUGUCCUGUUGCCUAUACUGGGAGCUAUACUGGCUGUGGCUUUACUAUAUCGAUGGAAAUACUCUCAACUCAAAGAUGAAAUGAAGACCGUGUCAGUGAUGGAGGGAAAUUCUGCAACAUUGAAAACUGGAAUCACUGAAAUACAAGACCAUCAUAAAAUAAUCUGGAGGUUUGGAGCCAAAGGUCCCAUCAUAGCUCAGAUCCAAAGGACCAAUGAUGUCGCAUAUGGUGAUGAUGAGAGAUUCAAAAACAAACUUCUCCUGGAUAAUGAGACUGGAGAUCUCACCAUCAGUGAUAUCAGAAUCAGGAUCUCUGGAAAUUAUCACCUAGAAAUCACCAAAAGAACCAAAAUCACUCAAUCAAAGAGUUUCAAAGUUGUUGUCCGAGAGGACACAUUAAAGGUCACAGAGGGAGAGUCUGUUAAACUACAGACAGGCAUUUCCAAAUUACAGGAUGAUGAUAAGACACAGUGGAGAUUUGAAGUAAAUGGAAAGAGCAAUGAGAUCUCAUUAAAUUGUGAUGAUGAGAUAUUCGGAAACAGACUGACGCUGGAUCCUCAGACUGGAUCUCUCACAAUCACAAACAUUAAACACUCAGAGACUGGAGUUUAUGAACUACAGUUUAAGAACAGAAAUGCAACUUCAUAUAAGAAAUUCAAUGUUGUUGUCUGGUACAAUACAUUGAAACAUUCAGUGGGAGAUUCUGUCACUCUACAAACUAAAGUCUCUGAACUAAAGGAAGACCAUCGGAUACUGUGGACAUUUGGAAAUAAAAAUACCCGUAUAGCUGAAAUCAAUGGAGUCAGCGGUCAGCCGUUUAUAUAUGACGGAAAUGAUGAGAGAUUCAGAGACAGACUGACUCUGAAUGAACAGAAUGGAGAUCUGACCAUCAGAAACAUCAGCAGAGGACAUUCAGAUGUUUAUAAACUGCAGAUCAACAGCAGCUCAGAUAUCAAAAGUUUCAUGCUUAUCGUAAAUGAGAAACUGGAGUCAGUGAUGGAGGGAAAAUCUGUCACACUACACACUGAUCUUACUGACAUGCAGAGUGAUGAAGUGAUGAUACUGUGGAUGUUUGGACCUGAAGACAGUCUCAUAGCUAAAGCUGAUUUAAACAAGAAGAUGCUUUAUGAUGGUGCUGAUGAAAGAUUCAAAAACAAACUUGAGCUGGAUCAGACUGGAUCUCUCACCAUCACAGGCAUCAACAGUAAACUAACAGGACUUUAUAAACUACAGAUCAUCAGCAACAGAGAGACCACAUAUAAGAGAUACAGAGUUUCUCUCCAUGCUAACCAUGAAACAGAUGGUGCGGCAGAUCAUAUAGAGGAAGUGUCAGAGGGGAUUCCUUUACUUCUCAUACAAACCUCACAACAGCAGCAAUAGUAUGUUGUCUGUUUAUUCAACAUUAUUUGAAAUGCACACUUGUUAUACAACAACUGAGAGCAGUGUAAAGAGAUGAAAAUCUUAUCUGAUGCUGAACUCCUGAGAGAAGGCGGCGGAGAGGCCAAAACUACGCAUUGCUGCUUUAACUAUAUAUUUAUUUUGUGAACAUAAUAUUCAUAUUGAAAGUCACAUGUAUCUUACAUUAUAUAAAUAAAAUAAGAAGUGUUGGGAUUAUAUUGUUUGUGAAAAGGGACUCUUGUACUUAUAUAUAUUAUAUUAUAUAUUAUUUAUUAUAUUAUAUUGUUGACAUUUUGCACAGUUUACACACAUUAAACCACUAUAAAAUAUA